AUGGCAACAGAAAAUCUCCGCCGAUUAGAAGGUUACGACAAAUUGGCUACAUUUAUCGCCGCUGACCCGGGGCUAUCUUUCUUUCGACGCUUUACCAAGCUCAACAUCAAGAGUCUUCUCUACUACCAGGCGGAGAUAGCUAUUCUCGAGAAUGAUCUCGACUUCAUCAUCCAGGACGACAAGGACUCCAAUGACGAAAAUAAGCUCAAUUACCCGCUCUCGGUACUUGAUCUGAAAGAGUCCGUGAAGCGGGCGCAGGAGGAACACCCGACUCAAUGGCUAAAAUUCCAAGAGCUGCGUGAUUUGAUCGAGAAAUACACCACUGCCCUAAGCAAGACCCGAGACCUCAUGAGCUUCAGCACCCCCGAUAAAUGCGACCUCGCAGUGCUACGAGACUGGCUCGACCGGCCAGAAGGCGGGGACAUGUUUUUCGAAUCAGUAACGGAGCUGAACUUGUACGAUCCCCAUAACGAAAGCGAUCUGAUUGCACUUUUCAGCCGUCACGAAGGGAUCGACAACAUGACGCGGUGGAUAUUCAACCGAGUCAUCCCGUGGUUCCAUAAACGCUGGGGCCACAAUCGCCCGGAGCGACGCGACAUCGAAAUGGGGGCCUGGCGGUACGAUGAUCGGAAGAUCAAGUCUUUCACCUAUAUAGUCAGCAUUGUCUUUGCUGCGGUCCUACCUGCGUCGUCGAUGAUUGUUCUGUACUAUAUCAAAGAUACGGCCAUCCGGAUGGUUAUGAUCAUGGUGUAUAAUGUUGUCUUCGCGUUGGCGUUGGGGCUGAUGGUUAGGGCUCGACGGGUCGAGAUAUUCGCGACGGCCACUGCGUGA